AUGGACGAUAAGAAUGACAAGGAAGGGGGUGACAGGUGGUAUACACAGAUCAAACAUUGGUCCAGGAAAGGAAUGAAAAUUGUGUCGGUUGCAAUGGACGACGAUGACCAUUUUACCUUCCAAACGAAGUGGAUGGCCGACAUGCUAGUACUCAAACAAGAAGACGGGGAGGCCUACUCUGGCGGCCUCCUCUCCGAUGUCACAUACAAAUUCUUCCUUAACGGUUACCUAUUAACCACGUCGAUGUACAACGAGAAGCUCCAGCGCUGGAUACCGAUCCUACUGUCGUGGCUCGGAGGACUGUCUACCUUACACUACAAAACCCAUUUCGCCACUCUCUUCAAACAAAUCCAGAAGACUGACUUGUCAGACAGGGAAAAGAGACGCCUGGUCGAACAGGUUGUUGAUUUUUCUGCAGCUCAGAAAAACGGAUUCAUAGAUGCAUACAUGGAGGUAUUCAAGGUACAUGAUCGUAAAAUCGCCUUUUCUAAGUUGCACGGCUGCGAACAGCAUUAUCAACAGGCGGUCACUCGCAUAUCGAAAAAUCACAAAAUAGUGAAGGUUAAUAUGGUGGGUACUUGGAAGACACUGUGCCGAGAGCUUCUUCUCCCGGAUGAACCUGGACGUCCAAAUCUUGAACAAAGAUUCAAAGAUUUGCGAAGAUUAUUUCCUUUGGCGAAAAAAUGGAUCGACUGGUGGUAUGCGGCGGAUGUCCAAGCCAUGCUCUUCCAGGCGCGGAAGAGGAUUCCUGAAGAUGACCCGCCAUUACCUGAAGAAGAAUCAGAUGACGAAGAUCAAGCUCAACCACGCCGGCGCGCUGAUUUACCGAAGACGACCAAUGCCCAAGAAUCCUUACACCGGGUCUACUACAUGCUCUGUGAUGGCAAGUGUGGGAUCAUCGCCGGGAUGAUUCAACUAUUUGCAUUUGUUUUGAGUCUAGAGCGCGACUACGAGGCCAGAUGCAAAGGUAUCUCGGUGACUUACAGUUCCAGCAAUCAAAAUUGGCAAGACAUCGUUGCGUCUUUAGGCAUGGCCAAACCCACCAAACGCCGAUACGUUGCAAACGACGGCCGUGCACCGGACACCACCAAAGAACUACUUGACGGUGCUGAUCCUAAAUCCGGCAAACCCUCCAAGAAGAAAGGUCCAGGACGUCCUCAAGGUUCUUUGAACAUCAAUCGAAGUGCUUUGACAACCUACAAGUCUUAUACGUCAGGCACCACCAUUGGCACCCUCAAUCGAUGCUGGCAGACUGCCACGCUGGAAUCCCUCUACGCUCUGUGGGGUCCACUUUGGAGUGACCACACGCACGUCAAUGGGACAUCUUUGCCCACGAUCAUCAUUCGACAUUUCACCGGACGUUGCGAUGGCGAGUUGAAUGAAGGCAAACACCUCGGGAGUUUAUUGAAACGCAGUCAGAACAUUAUUCACAAGGCCAUCCAAGCUCUCAAACCCGAGUCAUACACGUCCGACAAGUUUUGUUCUGCCGAUGGUUUCAUGGACAUGAUAGUAGACCACCCGCACACAAGGCCUCUUUUUGCUAUCAACGUGACUAAGACAUCAAUAUGUCAUCGCAACGACAAACACAACCGAGCUACAACCAGAUCUUUAGGCGGUUUCCGGCUUUUCCCAUCAAUGUUCAGGGAGUCUGGCGUUGCUUAUGGACAACUGGACAUUUUGCUACAAGAUUUAUUCUCUGAAGGUGUCCUAACCGAACCCGGGCUUGUAUGCCGUGGAUGUCAUCCAAUCAAGGAAAAAGGCCACGAGGAAGAGGACCCGACAUUGUAUGAUCAACGUAUGAAGAUUGAGGAUACAUCCUUACCGUUGCAUCUCUAUUUUCUCAUGGACAACGUCAUGGCCUUAGAUUCCAAGGAACGAGGACGUUACAUGGGAGACACCAACUGGCCAGCGCGUCUAGAAUUAGGUGAAGCCAAAUAUCAGAUGGUCACCCGUGGUUUCUGGGGUGGGAACCAUUAUUGGUGCCAAGUGGUGAGAUCAGUAGAAGGUGUCUUGAGCGUAUGGCAUUAUGACGAGCUCAAGAAUGGAGGGUUUUCCCAGCUCAUAUCCCGCGACGUAGACAGCCUUUCUGGUUGUAUUGCUAACACCAGCUGGACGUGUUACACGCGGGUCCCUUUUGAAGCGGAAACUGUCAAGAUCAAACAUGCCCUUCUGGACAUGAUGAAGAAGUUUCCAGACCGACACCUCUCAAUACCUUUCACAAUGCCUACCAGCACGAUGCCUUUCGGAGGAGGCCUUCCUUCUCUUGAAGAAACUGACGACGCCGUUUUGACCACAACCUUGCCAGAAGAGGCUUCUUUGCCAGUUUGCAUUGACGCUGAUGCAGAUGAAGAUUUCUUAAAUGACAACGACGACGUUCUCUACGACAGGCUCAACCGUGAAGAACCUCAGAACGGAAAUGACAAGCUUCUCUACGGUAAUAUCGUACCUCUGGAUGAUGUGGAUGUCAUAGGAACCGAAGAGGCCAACAUUGAGGUUGAUGAGCUAUCUCAUCAACCUUCUGAGGAAAUCAAGAUGCCUUUGGACCCUCUCAAAUUGAAGAUCAAGUUGGCCAUACCAAAGUUGAAUCCGUCAAUUGAAGAGGAGGCCCUUUCACCACCAGUAGCCUCCACAGAUGUCCAACCACGGAGCAAGCGCACACGCAAAGCUACAAAGAAGGCUGAUACCCCGCAAGCGGAUGACAGCUCUUCAGCGGCUAAACAAAAGGCGACAGCGGAUAAGCGCAAGGCUACAGCUGAUAAGCGCAAAGCUGCAGCUGCAAAGCGGCGCCAGGCUGCAGCGGAGAACCGCGAGCGGCUUAAGAAGUUGAGGGAGUAG